AUGGACACACCAUUGAACAGGGAGCUUAAGGAUCACUAUGAUUUCUUGAUAAAAGCAACUUGUCGACAAAAAGAGGCCGGCAAUCUCGAAGCCACUACUAAAGUCCGCCUUACCAUAACAGAUCGGAAUGAUGCUAUGCCAAUUUUCACAUUAGAAGCAGAUCAAUACGAAGCGACAAUUAGCGAUCAGCUUGCUCCGUUCUCUGAUGUGAUUCGAGUUGAAGCAUCCGAUGCUGACGAAGGGAUCAAUGGGCAGAUCUAUUAUUCGUUAGUGAAUCGAUCAUCGGACUUUACAGUAGAUCCUAUUAGUGGUACGGUUGAUGCGGAUGGAUGCUGGAUUCGUACUUUAAAGCAUUUACGGAGUGGCGUUUAUAAUUUGAAAGUUCGAUCAGAAGAUAGGACAUCGAGGUUAUUUUAUAAUGAUCCGGAUCAAAUCCAACCAGCGUGGACGAAGGAUGUUGUGAUAACAGUGACUGAGUCAAAGCGACGUCAUUUGAAACUACUGGUCGCUAACAAGUUGAUCAAUGGAUACCGCUCUGACAUAGAACAAUUAGCGGCUGUUAUACGAGUUGAUAUACCGCCAAAUGAGAUUGAGCAAGGGGGACCAAUCCAUCUUGAUGUGGUUGAGGAUGACCUUAAGCACUGGUUUUCCUUAAGAGAAAGCGGAAAUUUGGAAUGGCAGCUGUAUACCGUGCCUGGUAGAUUGAUCCCACAACAAACGAACGUUACCAUAUCGGCU